AUCUUUGUACUUUAUCUUCUCUUUCUUCUUUGACUAAACCCACAACUUCUCUUCUUUCUAAAUCAAUAGGAGAAUUCCGAUUACGAUUGUGCGUGGCAUCUUUAACAAGAAGUAAGGAUCUUCGUGGACUUCAAGCUACUUAUUUUGGGCCUAAACCCAAUAUACUCCUCCUCCUCGUUGAGUCCAUAAAUUGACUGCUUCUCCAUUCUCAUAUUUUGUGGAGAAAAGUGAAGGUGUAUUUGCACACAACCUGUUUGAUUAAAUUCCCGAAAGAGCGUGUGGUUACUCCAGUGAGCCGUGCUAGCUUUUAAUCACACAAAUGUCCCAUUUGGAGAAGUGGGUCUGCUGUAAUUUCUGUUAGCAAGUGAAAAUAUUUGGGAAACUAGCGGUAAGAAUGACAACUAUGGCUCUGGGUAAUGUGUGUUCGCUACAAAUAAAGACUUGUGGGCUCUUUGGAAUUUGUAUUAAUCACUUAUGUACCCUUCCUAUCCAAAAUAAAAGCUUAGACGUUAAGCCAUUGGUUAUUCAAGCCACGGCUAAAGCUAAUUCUCGGACUGAGGGCGCUAAACUUCGAAAUAGGCGAAUUAGAAAAAAGUUUAAUGGAACUCCUGAAAAACCAAGACUUUCAGUCUUCUGCUCAGAAAAACAGUUGUAUGCUACAUUGGUAGAUGACCAAAAUAAGAAGUCUUUGUUUUAUGGGAGCACUUUGCAAAAAUCAAUCCGGGGUGAUCCACCAUGCAGCACUGUAGAAGCAGCGGAACGUGUUGGUGAGAAACUUGUGCAGACUUGUGUUGAUCUCAACAUCAAUGAGAUUUCAUCUUAUGAUUGCAAUGGUUUUGCUCGAGGAGAAAGAAUGCAAGCCUUUGAGAUUGCCAUUUCGUGCCAUGGUUUUCUGCCCAGAUAGUUUCUUCCUUCUUUUCUAUGUGAAUUCUGUAUAGCUUUCAGGAGUCUGAAGCUCUUACCUUUUUCUACAAGCUUGCUCAUUUGGGGGUCAAAUAGAUGCAUAUGUAACUACCUUAAUAGUAGAUUUUAUUGUGGAGUUAACUUAUGGAGACUUUAGAUUGUAAAGAACUUCUAUGCUAGUAGGGGUCGUUUGGUGUACGGACUAAAUUAUUCCGGGAGUAAUAGUCCUAGGAUUAUAAUCCCUAGACUAAUUUAUCCCACCUGAGAGGUGGGAUAAAAUAAUACCAAGUUUGAUGGGAUAAAGUGGGAUAAGAUGGGAUAUCCAGGAUUAAGUCUGAGACUAAGUUUAUACCAUGUUUGGUUGACGGUAUAAAUUUAGUACUACACUUUAUACCACCUUAUCCCGUGUACCAAACGACCCCUCAGCGUAUUUGAACUUAUUACAACAAGUAAUUUACGAUAUUUUCUAGGUUA